GGUCUGCAUAGAAGGACACAGAACACGGUUAAAUCAUCAGUGGAAAUGCCCCAUAUAUGGCUUUGCGCAGUGUGUUGAAUAGAUUCCACGAUCCGGACAUGAGCGAGUGCUCGGCUCGUUCUCGACACUGUGCGCGCUGGAAUCUACGCCCACGGUGACGUUAGCACCGCCUACCGGGCGAAAUGCAGUGAAAGAGUACGUCCCAAAUGUACUGUGCAGUACAGUCACGUGACGAAUAACAUGCUCAGUUGACAAUCACAUAUGAAGACGUGAGAGACUGCGAGAAUUUCUCUGCAGCAACAAAUAGACUACGAAAUAUAAACCUGUAUUUCGCAAAUAGGUGCAGGAAGUCGAGAAGUGGCGUCAUGGACGUGUCCAGCCACAGCCUGUUCCUCCUGCAGCAGCUCAACGUCCAGAGGGAGUUCGGCUUCCUGUGUGACUGUACUGUCGCCAUUGGCAACGUGUACUUCAAGGCCCACCGGGCUGUCCUGGCUGCCUUCUCUAACUACUUCAAGAUGAUCUUCAUUCAUCAGUCAAGCGAGUGCAUUAAAAUACAGCCCACGGACAUCCAGCCGGACGUGUUCAGCUACCUGCUCCACAUCAUGUACACUGGCAUGGGCCCCAAGCAGCCAGUGGACCAGGGCCGCCUGCAGGAGGGCAUCAAGUUUCUCCAUGCCUACCAGCUGUGCCGUAACCCCGACGAGGGGUCCCCCGAUGUCGGUGACCUGGUUCGUAUGUCCAACCUGUACGGUAUUCAGAUUUCAUCCCAGUUGGCCAACAAAGAGGGUACUGGGGGCCCUAAAGGUAGUGCAGGGACCCGAGGAGGAGGCGGCCCGGAGGACAGGCGUUCGUCCACCCAGGCGGGCCGCUCCCACGCUGCACAGUUCUCGAUGACCGUGGGGAUGGAGGGCAUCCCCUCCUCAGACCGUCAGCCCUUCUCUGGUCUCCUCCGUGGCGUCUCCUCAGUGGCUUCCGGCGACGACUCGGACAUCUCGACACGUAUCAAGCAGGAGAGGGUGGAGGAAGGGGAGGGAGAGGAAGGCCACCUGGCGCUGGGAAGGGUAGGGUCCCCAACGUCUCCUUCAGCCCAGGGCGGCAGCCCCUGCCAGGGCCUCCUGUUCAAGGAUGGCCCUCUGGUGCUGCUGUGCCCCCGCUGUGGCGAGCGCUGCUCCUCCCCCGAGGGGCUCCGCAAGCACCUGUUCAGCCACACCCUGGAUCCCAGUGGACUAAUGGAGGGCCUCUCCCAGGGCGGGGUAGGGGACCCAGAGGGCCCUGAGGACCAGCAGCAACGUGGGGCCCCCCAGGAUCAACUAGAUGCAGGCUGCUUGGAGGAGGCCCUGCGGCAGAGCCAGGCCCUAGCUAACGAGCUAGCUGCUGAGCUAAGUUGGAGCAGGGGUGGUAUAGCCAUUGGCACUAGUCCACCCCCCACCACCACCUCCACCACCAGUCACGCACGAAAGCGCAAGAUCGCUUGUGCUGUGUGCAGCAUGCACUUCGCCCAGAAGAGCCAGCUGCAGGAGCACAUGUAUACUCACACGGGCAAGCCGUCACGCUACCACCGCUACAGCCGUCUCUGCAGCCAGCUCAUCCACGCCUCCGGACACUUCUGCGAGGGGCCACCGGAGGGCGGCGUUGGGGUGGCAGCAAGCACCACGGUAAUGUUGGCGGAGGAGUCCAAUCGGGAAGCUCAGGACAAUGGCAGCUCCUGCUAUUCGCUAGACUCUGAGAUCUCACAAGAGAGCGUGGAUGCCGUCACUGUGGAAUGAAAGGGAGAAAAAAAAACUGUAGAAAUCAAAUAAAUACAUAGUCCCAAAUAUUAUUUCUUAUUCUUAAUUCCACAUAGUACCUUCUUUUUCAGUUUGUUUUCUUCGGUUUGAUUCCUACUGAACUUGACCUUGUUUCAGUUGCAGGGAUUCCUUACCUUUUGACAUUAUCCUUCCACUUAUCCGCUUAUAUCCUGUAUUUUGUUAAUACUGUCAUCUUUCUGUUGGUUAGAUGAAACCAUGUGAUGUGAUUCCAGUGUAAACUGUAUCUUAUUUUAUUCAGUGAAUGUCUGAAUAGAAUAGAACAUUGUUUUUACAUGAUACUUGUGUUCUCUCUCUGUCAUAUGUUACCAGCUGAUAUUGAUUGGAAUUUAGCAAAUACUAUGUAUCUGCAUUUAUUUCUGAGAAUUUGCACUUUCCGAAAUAAGUAGCUGUUGAAACAGGUACAGUACCAGUCAAAAGUGUGGAUACACCUACUCAUUCCAAGGUUUUUCCUUUAUUUUUACUAUUUUCUACAUU